ACUUAUUACUACCGGCUGCUAAGCCGCACCGUGCUGGCCUACCAAGACCCGGCGACUGGCCUGAUACCAUCGCAGAAGUACGAACACCACGCCUGGGUGCGUGACAACGUGUACGCCGUCUUGUCAAUCUGGGCCCUCGCGCUCGCCUACCGCAAGAGGACCGAGCUUGACGAGGAUCGCGCCCGCACAUACGAACUGGAGCAGUGCUGCGUCAAGUUGAUGCGAAGUCUGCUCGGGGCCAUGAUGGAGCAGAAAGAUAAGCUAGAAAAGUUUAAGGAGACGCACAGCCCCACGGACUGCUUGCACGCCAAGUACAGCUCGGUCACCAAGGAAACCUGCAGUAGCGACGAGGAGUGGGGACACCUGCAGAUUGACGCGACGUCCCUCUUUCUUCUCAUUAUGGCCCAGAUGACAGCCUCCGGCUUGCAGAUAGUGUUUGAUCUCGAUGAAGUCGCCUUCGUGCAGAACCUCGUGUUCUAUCUCGAGGGCGCCUACUGUAUUCCCGACUACGGAAUCUGGGAGCGCGGCGAUAAGACCAACCGAGGCAUACGAGAGCUAAACUCUAGUUCCGUUGGCAUGGCCAAGGCUGCCAUGGAGGCCAUGAGCGAGUUGAACCUGUUCGGGAGCUAUGGUGGUCCGUCGUCCGUCAUCCACGUCCUCUCGGACGAGGCGCAAGAGUGCGACGCUGUGCUCAGCUCCAUGCUUCCACGGGAGUCCAGCUCGAAGGAGGUGGACGCGGCCCUCAUCUCGAUCAUCGGCUUCCCUGGUUUCGCCGUGACCGACCAAGAACUGAUCGACCUCACCCGUCACGCCAUCGUCGACAAGUUGCAAGGACUAUACGGAUGCAAGCGCUUUCUGCGCGACGGAUACAAGACAGCCCGCGAAGACAAGACGAGGCAGUACUACGAGGGCUGGGAACUGCAGGGGUUCCACAAUAUCGAGUGCGAGUGGCCACUGUUUUUCUGCUACCUUGUCAUCGAGGCCUGCUUUCGCGGUGACCGCACCACCAUGGACGAGUACAGUGACAUGUUGGAGAGAGUCAUCAUAAAGACUGCCGACGGGAUACGGCUCGUGCCAGAGAUGUAUGCCGUGCAGGCCGACAGAGUCAACAAGGAGUACGAGAUGCCGGACACGCAACCCCGCAUGCCCAUCGGCCAGAUUCCGUUCGUAUGGGCUCAGUCUCUGUACAUCGUGGGUCGUCUCAUGCGCGAAGAACUCAUCACGCCAGGAGAGAUGGAUCCGCUGAACCGCCGGCUAGGCAUGCUACAGCAGCCAGACGUCGUCGUACAGGUCGUUCUUCUGGCCGAGACCUCUGCCUUGCGCGAUUGUUUCACCGAGGUGUAUCCUGACAUACAAAAAUUGACCGAAGUACAACCGAUCGAAGUGCUACCGGGGCGGGUGCUCGGGCAACUGUACUCGCAUCUCGGUAAAAACCGAAAGAUGGGUCUAUCUGGCCGCUUUAGCACCGACGUUGGCCUUCUAGCCACCAGCAAGAUCUACACGCUUCAAGACCAUCUAUUUGUAUUCACACCGCAAAACCUAGACAGUGGGGUGUUUCACCUCGUCAACGACGUUGACCUGUUCGUCAGCACACUGCGUUCGGACCUGGCCGUGCUGCGUACCCAGUGGCACAUUCAGGGACGGCCCACAAUGGUAGUGAUACUGAAACAACGGCACCUCGUGCAUAACAAGCCGCCACCAUCACUGCGUAACGCCAUUAAGAAACUCGCCUCCGGUUACAUCAACGGGACGCGCGUUUGCUUGGGUACCUUGGACGACUUCUUGAACACAUCGUGCAUGGCCAGUCUGGAUUUCCUGUGCAACUACGAAGACGGAGACGCCGACAAACUAGAUGCCUCCGUCCAGGAUUACCUGGACAAGACGAUUACCAACGCCGCCCUUCUCCGCUCAGGGGUGAUGCCGAAGCAGGUUCUCUCUGGUGUGUCGAGUGCUGGCACACGCCGGAAGAUCGCCGUUGCCGGCAUUAUCAAGCGCAGUCGUUCAAUACCGGUUCAGGAAAGCGCACCACUUGUCGACGCCGCUGCCGAGCUCCCGCUUGAUAAAGUGGCCGAAGAGGAGCUGGUGAGCACACUGCGCGAGACCGAAUCCCUCGAGGAACAGGGUGACAUCCUUCACUACCUGGCCCUGCGAAAGGGCCUCAACUGGGACACCGGCCUGGGCAAGCCGCACACCGUGAUCACGGUGCGCGCGCUGUUCGAGGAGUUUUAUGAGCGCGCCUGCGAGGAACACCAGUGGGGGCUCGUGCGACACUUCGCCAGUUCUCUCGGCAAGCGGGUCGAGGACCUGGCUAAGAGCGUCACGGACCUGCUGGUGCGACAGAAGCAGGUGACCGUCGGCAUGCCGCCGAACAACGAGGAGGUCAUCACGCGACCGCUGUCCACCAAGGACUUGCGUGCCAUCAUCAUGCGGGUGCACAAGGGCGACCAGAGCACGGCCAUGCUGACCCAGGAGAUCCUCGCGUACUUGGCCCUAUUUAUACGCACCAACCCGGGUCUCUUCCGCGAGAUGCAGCGUCUCCGCAUAGGGCCCAUCAUUCAGGUGAUGGCAUGGGAGCUUGGUCGCAACUCCAGGCUCGGCGCUUCGGAAGCUGUGGACGCGCUGCUGAAUUUGAGCCCGUUCGACAUGCAGUCGCUACUGAUGAACAUCAUAAACGGCACGGAGAUGGAUACGUCUCGCGUACUCUCGUCGCUCCCGGGCUUCACACCCGGCACUUUCCCCAUUAGGGGCAGUGAGGCUGAGAAGCUCUUGCAUUUGGAAACAGAAGAGGCUAUGUCUCUCACCGUGGCGCCACAGGUGACACAAGGUCUGUGGAUGCGUCGCCGUCGACUGGACGGCACACUGAACCGAGUGCCCGUGGGUUUCUACGGCCAAGUGUGGGGCAUCCUGGAGCGCUGCCCGGGUGUGUGGGUGCGCGGAUACUGCCUGCCCGUAGCCCUCACGAAAGAGAUGACGGCGGGCGAGAUCAAGUUCGCGCUACGCGUCGAAGAGAUGCUGAACAAGGUUCCGGAGCCCGAGUACCGGCAGCUGCUGGUCGAGGCGCUCAUGGUGUUCAGCCUGGUCGUGGAAAACGACGUGGUGGGCGACUUCAAGGUGCCCAUCGACGUCGAAUCCGUGGUGCAACGAGCGCACGGCUUAUUCCUCGAGGACCAACUCCACUGCAACGGCGAUGCGACGCUUUGUUGCGCGACGGGCUCCAGCGGCCCUCCCGUAGCGCCUUGCCAGACGGCCGUUGGCAUCUGUCAGCACUUCUACGACUCGGCUCCCAGCGGGUGCUAUGGCACGAUGAGCUACCUGCUCCGGGCUGUCGCCCACACGAUGCCCGACAUCCAGAUCACCGCGCUCGACUGCAUGCCAUCGUAG